AUGUUUUGGCCUGCCGUAGUGCUUUGGCCCGGUACCUGGAGCACCGCUUGUUUUAUUCCGCACCGCCACACUCAAACACGACAUGGCCAUGUGGCCUUAUUAGCCCGAGGGAGCAUAUAUGGAGCCGCGUUCUGCCUCCUUUUGUUGCCAUACAUGUCCGACUCACUCCCCUACGAAACUAUCGUUCGCUUCAUCGAGCUAGCACGGCUGAUCAAGCCAGCACUGAGCUGGUAUCAACCAGAACACAUCAUGACACCAUUGGCGGCGCUUCCCGAUAACUACCAUACCUUCUUCAUGGCAGCUUUCGACCUCAGCGACAGCGAGUGCCGGAAAGCAUGGACUAGUCUCCGAGAGCGUUCAUGGGCAUAUGAGCUUGACGACACCGAGCUGCUUGCACUGCGAACAAAGUAUCUGCCAGUUUUCCUAACCCAUGGUAUCCCCAGGGAGAUUGAACAAGGACUGUAUUCAUUUGAUUCACCCCACCGUUCUUGCAAGGAUGAGGCCUGCGCUAAACGACUUUAUGCCGACCCCAAUGCAUCCCGCUCUCGGGAUUUGUCAUCAGCCUCGGCCUCCCGCGUUCCAAUCACAGUCUUUACCAAGGAAUUUGGCGCUCUUCCCGACUUUGCAACAUCACGCAAGUGUACGCAAUGUAACACACGGUACUAUCACAACUACCUUGUCGACAAGAACUGGCGUCACUACUAUCCCGGCAGCUCCAUCGACUUCAUGCAAGUAUCCGGCCACUUCUAUAUGCAUCGGGACGUCGCAGAGCUGUUUGCCAGCAUGAAAGUCAAUGCAUGGACCUCUGGCACCAAUUGCGCCAAAAUUUAUAACGAAAGCAACAAGGGCCACGCUAUAGCUCGUUUUCUGCCUCCCGACUGGCCAUACAAUCUCCAGCUUGACGUCGAGAAGGUCUGGGAUGAUAUGAUCGCCGAUGGAAUCGAAGGAACAGGUGCAGACGAGGAUGAGGAUGUCGAGAUUGAUGAGGAUGGUGUCUGUCCGGACAAACCCUCUGUGGGGAACCAGAAGCCAAAAGCCCGAUUUGGUCGGCGUCGUACCCACAACGAGGAGCUAUGUGUGAUGUCCUGUGGUGUUAUCGUAGGGCGUGCAACGUUCUAUGGGUCGGAAGCCCCCAACGGUGUUCGGAAGUUCUGGAAACGCCUGUUCCCAACGCAGCGGUCCCUUCCGCAGGUCCUCUGGCACGACAACAAUUGCCGAAUCGUUGCCAUGCUCCGCUCCCAGGAUGACGACUAUUUCAAGAACUGUGCGCUCCCGGUUGACGUUUUCCACUUCAAGUGCAAGCAUAAAGAGUCCGACAUUGAGUGUGGUCGUUACUGCAACCCAUAUCGAUACACCCAGCUGCGCACAAAGGAAGGGAGCUGGCGGUUCAACUCGUCGGCCGCUGAGCAGACGAAUGCAUGGUUUGGCGGAUUUCAGGCAAUUGUGCAGGAAAUGUCAGCAGAGAGGUACGACUUCUUUCUAGAUGAGAUGAUUCGGCGGCGAAAUAUGGCAAUGGUCGAGCUCUCCCGGCAGCGUGGCCACAACCCCCACAGUAUUCCUAGAUCUGCACUAUUGUAA